AUGAAUAGUGGGAAUAGACACAAGAAAAAGGACAAUGAACAUAUCGCUGAUAGCAAAGAUGAUAUUGUAUCUUCAUCUCCUUCAAUCGCUAUAAAAAAGGGCUCAAUGGAAUAUGUCUUAAGAUCCGGUCUAGCUGGUGGUAUAUCAGGUUCAUGUGCAAAAACAUUAAUUGCUCCAUUAGAUAGAAUAAAAAUUCUUUUCCAAACUUCAAAUCCUCAUUAUGCAAAAUAUACUGGCUCUCUAACUGGUUUAGUAGAGGCUGCAAAACAUAUUUGGUCACAUGAAGGCUUUAGAGGCCUUUUCCAAGGACAUUCAGUUACAUUGAUUAGAAUUUUCCCUUAUGCUGCCGUCAAGUUUGUAGCUUAUGAACAGAUACGAGCUUCUCUGAUACCUUCAAAAGAAUAUGAAAUACAUUGGAGACGAAUGUUAAGCGGUUCUUUGUCUGGUUUAUGCAGCGUAUUCAUUACUUACCCGCUAGAUCUUAUCAGAGUUAGACUGGCCUAUGUCACAGACCAUCAACGUAUCAAACUUAUGGAGGUCGUGGAACAAAUUUAUUCCGAACCUGCUUCAAUAACUCUAACUUCAAAACAUUACAUACCAGGCUGGUUUGCCCAUUGGUGUAAUUUUUACAGAGGUUAUAUCCCAACUGUACUAGGUAUGAUUCCAUAUGCAGGUGUUUCAUUCUUUGCUCAUGAUUUAUUGCAUGAUAUGUUCAGAUCACCAUUGUUAAGGGAACAUGCUGUUCUAAAAUUAACUGCAGACCAAGAACUUGAGCGUAAGAAAAAAAAACAAAGGGUACCGUUGAAAACUUGGGCUGAAUUAAUUGCUGGUGGUGUAGCAGGUAUGGCUUCGCAAACUGCAGCUUACCCUUUCGAAAUUAUUAGACGGAGACUACAGGUUAGUGCUCUAUCUGUAAGAACAAUGUAUUCACAUAAAUUUGAAUCAAUAUCAGAAAUAGCAAAAAUCAUCUACAAAGAACGUGGUUGGCGUGGAUUUUAUGUCGGUCUAAGUAUUGGCUUCAUAAAAGUAACGCCUAUGGUAGCUUGCAGCUUCUACGUUUAUGAGCGCAUGAAAUGGUUCUUAAACAUUUGA